AUGGCUCGUGAAGAGUUCGAAUCAUUGUGUAAUACUGUAGCAGCAUCGUUACAAAUCUCUGCGCCACCUAUAUCUUUGAUUGGUGUUCAGAAGCGUCCUCGUCUCCGUGAUAGUCGGUGCAUGAAAAGAAUCUCUGCUUAUAAUAAUGUGGACAGUUUUAAUGGGUUCCAGGUACAAGUUGAUAUCCCUAAAAUACUAAUUGCUCCAUCACUACAAUUCCGAAAUCCAUUUGAAAUUAGACGAAGUAGGCUCUUCGAGCAACUGCAGAAAAUGCGAAUCAAUUUGCUGCAACAGCUCAACAUAGGACAAAUACCGGUAUUUGAGGGUGGUCGGCCGGGUACCAGUAUCAAAUUACAACAUGCGGAGGAUUUGCAUAAUCUUCCCAUUAGUCAGAUGGGAAAUUAUCAAGAAUAUAUCAAGAGCCUUGAGGCUGUCGGACGUGGUCCACUUAGAGAAGUUGAGCCUCAAGCAAUCCGUGUACAUGCAUUUGGGAACCCAUUUAAAAUCGAUAAGAAAACUAUGACAGUGGAUGAAGUGGGUGAGGGAAACUUGCUGGGAACUUCUCCGAAAGUCGAAACUUCAAAAAAGCGGUUGUCUUCUACUGGUUCAACUGCUUCUAGCACAGAUAGCAGUCGCCCACCACGACGAAAGGCGGGGCCUUUAGCAGCUGAUUCCUUGUCUCAGUGGCGGCGGCGGCGACGACGCAGUACAUGCUCAUAUUCAUCGGUUGCUUCUUCUUUAUCCGAUCUCGAAUUAGCUUCUCAUAGUUCCGAUCUCUCUUUUGAAGAUACUCAAGCACUUACUGGCUCAGGUUGCGAACCGUCCACGUCAGGUUUAAACGGUAAUGUUGAACGUAGAUUGAAUGGUGAUGUACAUGAAAAAUCGCCGAAAAGGAUGUCAUCAGCAUGGUCUGAAUUUUCACCAGUGCAGAAAAAAUCACGCUUAGAAAGUGCAUCACGCUUAGAAGAAUCGGCAUUGAAAGAGAAGAAAUUACUUUUGGGCAAAUUUGUAAGGAAGCUCGUAGACGCUGAAAAAGUGAUGUUGAUGCAAAAUAUGGAAAUAAAAGAUCUUUGUAUCGUAGAUCGUAGGAUAUGUUUACGUUAUGCAUUACGAGAAGCAAAACGAUUUCGGAGGAAAGCACUGAUAGAUCUUAUAAUCAAGCAGUUGAAUCAGAUAUUGCCGAAUGCUUCGAUCAGUGAAGACCUGUAG